AUGGCCCGAGAUGCACCCAUGGUUCAUGGUCACUGUGCCAAUAAUUUUUUUGUUCUUUAUGCCACCUACACACAGCUCUUUGACAAUGUUUGUGCCGUUAUGGGCGACGACAUAUACCAAUGUCAGCUCAUGACCUGUGAACCAGUUUUCACACCUUUUGUUGCAGACAGGGCAGCAGCUCCUUCGCUGUGUGGCUUUUCUUACCCAGAGAAUAUAUAUUACCAAGUUCUCUGCAUCAGAGGUGAAAUGAAGCGACUUACUUCCAAUUAUAAGUAUUUUAUAACAUGUCACAUACUAACUUUACUUGCUUUUCUGCUAAUUACCUACUGUAACUUUGAGAAACAUGGCCCCAGACAAUCUUGUCCAAGUCAGCUUUCAUCCAAAAAAAAAGAAGAUUUCAUUGUGUUGCUCUGGACAUGGCCUUUUGGGGAACACUUUCCUUUAAAUUUGUGUCCAAAACCCUUUAAUGACCCUCGGUGCUUUUUCACAGACAACCGCAGCUGGUACUCGAAUGCAAAUGCUGUCAUUUUCCACCACAGAGAUGUUUGCAGCUCAGAAAGUCAGAUGCCACAGACCCCAAGACCUGAAGGACAGUACUGGGUGUGGUUUAACUUGGAAUCUCCAAGCCAUUCUCCAAACUUGCACUUUAUGGACAACCUCAUCAACCUCACCAUGUCCUACAGAAGUGACUCUGAUAUCUUCACUCCUUAUGGUUGGUUGCAGAAGAAGAAUGCAUCUCAAAACUUUACUAUCCCAUAUAAGUCAAAAUUGGUAGCAUGGGUUGUAAGUAACUGGAAUUCUAGUUCUAAACGGGUUCAGUAUUAUAAAAAACUAAAGGAUCACAUACCCAUAGAUGUUUAUGGCCAAAAACACGACAAAUUGUCCAUGGACGACUUAAGUGCAGUCUUAUCAAACUAUAAAUUCUACUUAUCAUUCGAGAACACUAUACAUAGAGACUACAUCACAGAAAAACUCUGGAGGAAUGCCCUAGAGUCUGGAACUGUGCCGGUAGUUCUUGGCCCACCUAGAGAAAAUUAUGAAAAAUUCAUUCCUUCCGAUUCUUUUAUUCAUGUUGAUGAUUUUUCUAGUGCAAAAGACCUUGCUGACUAUCUGCUUGAACUGGACAAAGACCCUAUUAAAUAUGAACAGUAUUUCAAAUGGAGGUCAAGAUUGCAACCAGUUGGGGGUAUUCCUUGGCAAACUUAUUACUGCAAAGCCUGUAUAGCACUACAUAGAGCCCCUUUGUAUAGAACUAGUUCAUAUCUUUCUAAAUGGUAUACGUAA